GUGUGAGGGUCUGCACGCUGAGCUGCGGUCAUGAAAUGGUUAACCAAAGAUGCAAGAAGUGCGUGAGUCUGUCUGAGCAUGUGCUGCUGCUGCUGCUGCUGCUGCAGUGAAGUAAAAUGUGUCAAUUUCCACCGGACAGCAGAGACACUGUGGAGGAAGGAGAAGCCGGGGACAAGAGCCGAGCUGCAGACUGACACCGCGACAUCCUGGACAACCUCCCCGGGGGAUGUGUUUGAUCCGCCGGCCUGUGUGCUGAGGGAGACACCGCAAUCUGAAGACCUGCAACUCAUCAUCACAGAUAAAACGUUUGUGUGAUAACAAGAGAAAGGAUGGUGACCAUGGAAACCCCAGAGGCUCCUGUACCUCUCACGGCGCUGUCACGCUGGUACCUCUACGCCAUCCAUGGCUACUUCUGCGAGGUCAUGUUCACAGCCGCCUGGGAGUUUGUGGUGAACUGCAACUGGAAAUUCCCGGGGGUGACCAGCGUGUGGGCGCUCUUCAUCUACGGCACCUGCAUCCUGAUCGUGGAGCGGAUGUACCUGAAGCUGCGCGGCCGCUGCCCCGUGCUGCUGCGCUGCAUCAUCUACACUUUAUGGACGUACCUGUGGGAGUUCGGCACGGGGCUGCUGCUGCGCCAGUUCAACGCCUGCCCCUGGGACUACUCUGAGUUCCGCUACAACUUCAUGGGACUGAUCACGGCCGAGUACGCCGUGCCCUGGUUCUGCGCCUCCUUCAUCGUGGAGCGCUUGGUCAUCCGCAAAACGCUGCGGCUGCGCUUCCACGAGGGGCCGGAGGACGGUUGGUCAAACCAUCGGUUGGAUGGCGGGGGCGGAAGAGGGACAGGAGGACCUGUGGGUGGUGGGAGGAGGAGAGAAAGAAGCAGAGGGAUGAGAAAUGAUGCUAACGGCUACCUUAAAGGAGAAUGAAGGAAGGAAGAACACAAUCUGAAACCAGCCCAAUCGCCCUGCUACACCUCCUCUACCCUCCUCAGUCACUUUUCAUAAGCAGUCCUCCCCCAUUAACUGUUCAGGGGGGAGACAAACUGACAGCCAUGUACACUGGGCUGGUGUGCAGAGGUGUACAGAGUAUCAGAACAGCCAGAAAACAAAAUCUAACUGAGGCUUCAAACGCCUAAAAUCACUCACUGUGCUCUCUACUGACAACAGAGGCACAAUAACUCCAUGCUGCUGUGUUUGCUGCAUCUCAUAACACACCCACCCAUCUCCAUGUGGGGUUGACCUUAAGGAGACCAAGGUCUUGAAUGGCCAGGAUGACACCUUCAGUAUCUCCUGUCCCACAGACUGCACAGACCUCGGGAUGAUUAAAAAAAAAACUACUGUUGCAAAGAUUAGUGUUAUCGUCCUGCGAAGGAACAAAUUCAAAAACAAUAUUUCUGUUUUUCAAGGGCACAUCAGUCUAUCUGAAAGCAGAAGGCUUGCUGCAUACAAAUCCUAAUAACAAGUAGCUACAGCUGUUCUUUUUAAAAUGUACAUACUGUCCUUUAGUAUUAUUCAAAGUACUGUAGUAAUGUAGCUACAAAAAGCUCUUUAAGAACAUACCGUCCACCCUGAGGCUCUGUGUGUCCGCUUAUAUCAUGAAGAAUGUUUUUAGUGAAUACCCACAAUGCCUGGAAAAAAAUGCAUGAAAAAGUUGUCUUCCAAUAUAAUAUACAUUUUUACAAAGUUCAUUUAGCAGUCAUUCUGUCCGUCAGUCUGCUGCUUGUGUGUGGGGAACAAGAGUAGCUCAGGCAGUGGAGCCGCUCGACCAGUUAUCACGGUCGAUUGACGGUCGUCUCCUCCUGACAGCAUGUUGAAGUGUCCUUGAGCAAGACACCGAACCCCAAACUGCUCCUGGCGAGCAGGUACACGGCCUUGCAUGGCAGCUUCCCCACCAUCCGUGUAUGAAUGGUCGUGUGUGUCGGCUAAUGUGAGGGAUUUUAAGGCGCUAAAUAGAUGCAGUCCAUUUGCUAUAAUAGCAGGGGCGCUUUUCUGUUAAUGGCAAUGAUUAUGAGUCAUGAGCAGCAUAAAGCACCAAACCUCUGGCUAAUUUUUUUCAGUUUUUCAGAAAAGCUUUUCAUGUCUGCAUGUCCAUUGUGUGCGCUUUAAUGUCGUCUCGAAUCUGCUGCGGUCACAAAAGCCUCAUUUCUUAAUUUUCAUUCACUGAAAAUCAAUCAGUCAAUUCAUACAAUUUUCUUGUGAGAAGUUUUUUUUCGUCACGCCAGCUGCCACACGAUCAAAGAAGUUUGUCCAUUGAUAAAGUAGCAAUAGUCAAAUUUGAGUGACACAGAAUGACAAGUGGUUCAGGUGUAACGUCAGGUUUUCAGAUUUGAGGAUGACUUGUAAAGAACAAACGGUACAUUCACAGGUUUUGCCCAUUGGAGCGUUUGUUCAAAGUGUUGUUGCUCGUCACGUUUUCAUGACCUCUUUCCUUACUUGUGUUACAGUUUGACAAGUGUGUGAAGUGAAGAGCAGGAAAUAUGCAGCAGAUAUAAUGAAAUGAUUAAUUAAAGGAAACCCUCACAUUUGCUGCUCAUCUCUUUCCAACAUUAACGAUCUGUGAGUCACAAUUAAUUUGGUUUACUUGGUGAAUAAUGACCUCUGUGGCGUUGCACAAGACUUUGAAUGACAUCUGAUUCAAUCCACAAGUGCAACUGUUUAACCGUGAUAUGAUACAAACUAAACUGAAUGCUCAAUAUUAGAACAUAAUGGAAGUUAGAACAGUUCAGGUAGCAUUAGAUUAACUGUCACUGGAUUCUGAAUGGUCUUAACUUCACAGCUACAUGGCAACAUCCAGACAUCUGGUACUCCGAGCAGGUGAUAACAUGCUUUUUGCGAAUAAUCCUCUGGUGUUGUUACUCUUACUGUUGAUCCUGACACUUCCUGUGCUCUGUGAGUGAAAAGAUCAAGGACUGUGCGCUCACCUUAAUGCACACGGGAGCUGACGGUAACGUUUUUAGCUUGAGUCGGUGGAUCUGGUGCUACUGCGUGAAACAGUUGGGACACUUCAAGGUACCAGGGGACUCACAAUACACAUGAAAUGGAAACAUGGUUGCUGAUUCCUCAGGAGGACCAUUCAUGUUGUUGACUCUAUCACAACAUUUUGUGCUGACAAUAGACAUACUUCCACAUUUUGACAAAAAAAAAUGCAAAAAACAAAUCCAUGUUUCCACGACACUACUGGACUAUGUAGAGGUGUGACCUUCAUCAUUGUGGCUGCAAUGGCAUGCAGUGUUUCCCCCUCACUGUCUCCCCUGUGAGUCCAUAGGGUGGAUGGCAGGAAGCUGUUCCACAUGAGGUAAACUGCUGCCACCCGGUGGAUGAAUUGAAAACUGCAGCUGGAAAAUGUUUUUUAAAGCUUGGACAAGAACAUGAAGGUCACAAAUCUGUAUUAGGAUCAAAAACAGAAUGAUGUUUUUUUGUUUUUAUUAUUAUUAUUAUUAUUAUUAUUUUAUGUCAUUCAUGAAUCAACAGGCUUAAAAGCAAUAGAGGCUUCUGACCCAGCAAUGAUUACCCAGCUCAAGGCCGUUAACUUUUUCUCUUUAAAAAAUUUACUAAACUACAUUAUGAGAACUGGUAUGCAGCUAAUGUCUUUAUCCAAUUCUACUGCUUCGACGAGACAAAUCACACGACAACAUGCAAAAUGAAGUGUAUUUGUUCUCUGCAAUAUGUGAAUGAAGGAGUAUUAGGUGAGUGUGUAUAGUGUGUGUUACAGAGGCUAAAUCUCUGUAUGUGUAUGUGCAUGUACAGUAUGUUAAAACUGAACUGACUUUCUGGUAUUUUUAUCUCGAGGCUGCAUGUGUCCAAAAGUUUUCAAUCUCUCCUCCAAACAGAUUUUAUCCAAGUGAUUAUUAGCCCCAUGUGCUGUAUAUUAUUUUUUCAUUGAAAUGUGCAGGUUUUUAGUGAAAUGACUGUACUGUAUAUCACUCACUUUGAUUAUGUUACAUGUAUGAUUUAUCAAACUUUGGGAUUAAAUGUAUUUAUUUGAUCAUAAAACCUGUUUGAUUUGGAAAACAUUUCUCUUUUGACUGCUAAAAAAAGAUUUUUCAAUGACCCUUAAAUUCAUAGGUUGAUAAAAUAUUCCUGCAUUUGCAUUGUCAUUGAAUUUGGUACAGACACAAUGAAUCCUACUGCCUUUGGUGGUUCCCUAAAUUUUCCUCUAGCCCAGUGGUUCCCAACUGGUUCAGCCACAAGGUCCAGAUUUCUCCUUAGUCAUUAGUUCAAGGUCACAGUUUAAUACAUUCAGCGUUAUACUUGUGUUUGACCAUGUCUCAAGCUAAUUUGCCGUCUCUGUUAAGUAGCUGUUUGUUAUUCAUUCACUCUACAGCAGGAAACGGCACUUCAAAAUAAAAGCUCUGUGCUGGAAAUUCA